UGACGAUGACAGUGACACACAGAGCAGGUUUGUUGGCAAAGUUGAAUCCACGGGUCUCCAAACCCCUUUUAAGUUUGGGAACUCUGUGAGCCCCGCAAUCCCUUUGCUAGCUGUAUGUAGGUGUUUUCUCUUGUCUAAUUGUUCUCAUUGUCUGUUUAGUUAACUGAAUAAAGGAGUCAUAUCUCCUCAUACUUCCCAAGUUGUUUUUUUUUUUUUUUUUGUUCGUGUUUNGUUCAUAUCCCAAUUACACUGUAAUGAUGUAGUAACAGUGCCCCCCCCCCCUUUUUUCAUUUUUGUCUCAAUUUUUUGCAUCAAAUCAUCCCCCUAAAGCUGGGAAAUCUUUUUAGUUGUGAAAGUAAAAAAAAAAACACCCCAAAGGCUUGCUUUGAAAAUGUUAACAGUAACACAUUGUGCUUAUUGCAGGUUGCUGAUAAGAGCCUCUCAAGCUACAGUAAGUGCUUGAUAUGUAAGCUCUAAGCAGCUCCUUCAAAUCUUCCCAUGUAACACUUUAUUUCAGCAUGUUUUAUACUGCAAAUUUUUUUAUAUUGCCCAUUAUUUCAUACUCAUCAGGUUUUAUAUUCAAUUCAAAACAAUAGGUUAGCUUGGAAGGUUAUAUUUAUAUAACAAUCUAUGGAAAAAACUUGUAGCAACAAAUUAAUUGAAAUUUCGCUGUCCCUGGAUGACAGUUUGGGCAACACUUGUAACAAGCACGUGAUUGAUGUGAAUAUUAUUAUCUAGUCAUAAUCUCUACGAAAUGUAAUAAAAUAAUGGUAGUAAACAACUGCAAGGUCAUAUGGUAAAGGUAGUGCAAAACAGAGUGGAUUUGGUGAUGGGGGAUUUUUGUGGGCCCUAGUAAAGAAAGGUUCAUUAAAACCACCCCCCCCCCCUAUGGCCAAGUUUCUGACAUGUCUCCUCUCUAUUACUAUCAGUUUAAGUUAGGCCCCAGUUUCUGACAUGUCUCCUCCCUAUUACUAUCAGUUUAAGUUAGGCCCCUAGGCUUUUCUCAAUCACCAUAACCAUAUCUCCCAAGCUUGCAUGGCACAUGGCAAUUUUUUCAUUGUGACCCCCUGUUGAAAUGACAGUGCUUUUAAAAUUGAACAAGUGGGUGGGUCUUGAUUAGCGUAGAUGAUUUAUCCCGAUUAAAAUUUAAAAAACUGCAUUAGCUGAAUUUUUAAGUGAUUAUUAAAAGAUGUGAAGUGUAAUUAAAUCCAGCUUGAAAGAUGCAGGCAGGGGAAAAAUAACAAAUAAAUCUUUAGAAAUAUCAGUGUAUGAAUUAUAACAAUGACUUCUAGGCAAUUUAUUGAAAGUCUUAGUGAAAUAUGUUGACAAACUGUCAAAAAUUCAUAGGCUUACACUCACUUACAGACAAGGCAAGUCAAUGAACAUUUCCCUGUUGCUUUAUUCCUCUAUAUUUACAAACAUUACAUUAACCCCAGUCAGGGGUGUUGACAAGGGGGCGGUAAGGGGGGGAUAGACGCCCCUGACCCCAGUGAACCAGUAUUAUCUCAGGUUGGUAUUAAUUUUUCAGUUACUCCUAACUAACUAAAAUCAGGUCCACGGAAAGUGAGAUAUGAUAUCAUUAAAUAAAGUUUGACUUACCAAGACCUAUGAGUAGCACACAACACUUCAGCAUGUCUCAGUGCAAGUGACAGACAUAAUAAAGUUUGACUUACCAAGACCUAUGAGUAGCACAAAACACUUCAGCAUGUCUCAGUGCAAGUGACAGACAUAUAAUAAAGUUUGACUUACCAAGACCUAUGAGUAGCACACAACACUUCAGCAUGUCUCAGUGCAAGUGACAGACAUAUAAUAAAGUUUGACUUACCAAGACCUAUGAGUAGCACACAACACUUCAGCAUGUCUCAGUGCAAGUGACAGACAUAUUACUCAUGCAUUUUGAUCUAUUUAUUUCUUUUUUUUGAGGCAUGCUUGAACAUUUGGUAAAGUCUUGGGAGCACAGCAUCAGAAAAUUAAUUGUCAUUUAGGUGGAAAUCUCAAAAACUUAAAAAUCUUUAACAUUUUUUACAACCAGUCAUCAAUUAUGUAUCAUUAUUUAAUAAGAAGCAGUUAAUUUUUCAUUUUGUAUAAAAAUCCUUAACAAAGUGGGUUUUGUUUUACAAAACUUUCAGCAAUACAGCACUUAAACAGCGUUUUUUAAUUUAAAACUUUAAAUAAAAGAAAUAUUUAUUAUUUUUAUCUAUGUAUUUGAAAGACAAAUUUUUUUAAAAUUCUGCAGUUAUUUUCUGUUGUUAAACUUAAUAUUAAUUAUUUAUUUUUUAAAAAUAUUUGUUGAUUUUAAUACUUAUGUAAAACCUCUCUACAUUUGAUAAGUAAAUUUUUAGGUAAGCCUUUUCUUCACCAAAUAUUCUUCAUUCUCAAUCAUUUUAUACUAUACAUAUAAACCAUUUUACACCAUACCUAUACUAUAAACAACUUUACACCAUCUCUAUAAAUCAAUUUAAAACAUUCCUAUAAACAAUAAAUAAUUUUACACCAUCCCUAUAAAUCAUAUUACACAUUCCUAUAAAUUAUUCUCAUAUGGCAUAAUUUUAUCCCAGGUUGGCGAACCCAUACAGGCUCAUGUGCCAUUUUCAUAAAGAGUUAAUGUCAUUACAUGUAAUAAAUAAAAUAAAUGCUGCCCAAUUGGGCCAGACAAGAGUGAGGCAAACGUUGCACUUGCCUCGUGUAAACAAUGGGAAAUGGCGCCAGUAUUGAAUACUUAUUAUAAAAUUUUAAAAAUGUUAAGAUAGGGGCUCAAAUCUGGCGCUGUAGUGUUAUUGCGCACGAUGCUCACUAGUAAACUCUCUUUCAACUGUCUUACACGGAAUAUUAUGAGAUAGAUAUAUUCCGAAAUUUACUUUUAAUUUAAAUUGGCUGACUCCUUUUUUUUUUUUAAAUGUCAUUAUAUAGGUCUACCAUAUUUUUAUAACAUCAUUAUUGAAGACAGUCAUGUCUCAAAAUCACAAUCUCAUGACCCACCAUCAUUAUUAAAGGCGGUCAUUUUUUCAAAACCGCAAUCUCAUGAUCUGCUUAACUAACCACCUUGAUGUGUUUACUCCACAGCCUGAGGGAGGCCAGGAGGCAGUACCCCCAGUACAUUGAACCCCUGAUCCCGGAGGUGGACGAGGAAUACAUAACAGCCUAUGCAUCGUCUGAGCCCAGCAGCCCAGUCAACUCGUAUUUAGACAACAUGGACACGCAGGAGGACUUUGGCAGACGGAGAUCCGUGCAACCAAGAACCAGUUUCAGAAGACACUGACCUUUGCUAAUGAAAUAAUUUGUAGAGUUUCUUUGACUACUAGCAUGAUAACUGAUGAUAAUAAUAAAACUUAGGUUUAGGUUUGUAAUUUUUGCUUACGUUGUUCAGCCUAAGUCGUUGUUCAGCCUAAGUCGGUAGUUCUUCAACUAACUGUCUGAGGGUUUGGUAACACACACACCCCCAUUAUUUUAAUAGCCAGAAAUGUGAAAUGAUACGAGUAUUUUAUUGUGGCCCCAGAUGAUUGUUUCAGAGCAGACGUUAGAGGUGAAUGGUUUAUGGUUUGAAAUGUUUGGACAUGAGACCAAGUUAGAAAUAUCUGUUCACAAACCUAAUGGAUACAAUAUAGAUGUUACUUGAGUGCUGGCCCCAGCAUUGAGCCACUACUGAUUUUUGAAGUCAUGUGAUUAUGUACAGUAGUUUUCACGCCAGGAGUUUUAUAAUGUUUCAUUUAUGCGUGAAGGAAAUGUCCUACCCAUUCAUUUAAUUGGUGUUAUGUUCCAGGGUAAAAAAAAAUUAUCCCAAUGCUCUUUAAAAGCAAAUUAAAAGAUUACUUUUUAAAAAUAAAAACGAAUUCAUUUUAAGCAGGUUUGUAGACUUGUAAUCUUCACAAAACAAGUUGGGAAAGCCAGUGCAUUUUGUUUUACAGCAUGUCUUUUUUUUUUUUAAACACGCAACAGCAUAAAUAAUAUUGUGAAAAGUCUUUAAUUGCAGCGCAAACCUACUGGUGAACUCAGUCCAUUUUGAUGUUAUUUAUUCACCAUGCCAUGAAUCAUGAUAUUGUACAAUGCAGCUUAGUAAAAAUGCAAAAUGAUCUUUAAAAAAAAAUGCAGUACUGAAAUUAAAAGAAAAACAAUAUUUUGUGAGGCUAAGAGCAUUGCCUUAAAUCACAAAAUAGGAGCCCUGUACAGCAUUGUGGCCAUUUCAGUAGUGCAUGUUUUGGCGCACCCUAUAUUACAUAAACGCCCACGCAUAUAUACUUAGAUUUAAAAAAACACUCAUUACUUUAUUUAGUAUUUUUUACAGUCAAACAUUCUAUACUUGUAUACUUUGAUUUGAGUUUAGAUACUAAUGUGGAAAUUUUUUUAUUAUGUAUGAAAAAUAAUGUACAGACAACUUGUGUUGAUGCCCCGCAAAUGAUUUUCUUAUAUGUGCAUUGUAGCCAUUCAUCAUGUCUUUCAUAAAGAGCAAUACAUUUGACCCAUUGGGUUCUUGGGACAAAAGCCUGACACGUUAAUGUAAGUCCCACAGAAUUUUGCGCUUGAGAAUUUUUGUACAGGUUUGAACAAGCAUGUAUUUGGAAGUUUUUAUGUUGUGAAUUGACAUAAUGAGUUAUUACGUAUAUUUGUAUGUGAAACAUUGGUGCUUUUGGUGGGCUGAGUGGUGUAUAGUGGUAAACUGAUAGAUGAUGUAAAGUGGUAAACUGAUAAAUUGGAAGUCCCAGGUUUAUUUCUCAAUCUACAACUACAGUGAUUUGUGACCAGAGAGAUAUACACCUAGAUUUCUUGUGUACUAUACACUUUAUAUACAGUAUGCGCCAAAAGUAUCAUUACUGAAACCGCCACAUCUCAAACGCAUAUGUGCUCCAGCAUGUUCUCAAGGAAUUUUCAUAUUUGACCAUCAUUUCCGCUCACAAGUAAGUCGUUGUGAAGGAUUUGAAUUAAGGAGCAUAACAAUUCCAAGAGAGAUUAAAUAAAACGUCACUUAUGCUAUUGUUUUGAAAUUUGGGAGUUAAACAAGUGGAUUGUCUCCCUUACAUUUUUCCCGAAAAUGGGAAUCAUGUCUGCGUUCUCCAGAAGGUGCUGUGUUCCCCUCUAUGAGGUCUACAGUGAGCAUCCUUCAAAUUGAACAUAAACAAUGUGUCAGGUCCUUGAUUGUUUAAAAGGACACAGGUGCAUUUGUGUACCUGAUACAGGUUGGACAACGCUUGACAAAGCCAGAUGUGCGAGCCAGGGUGUGUGAGCCAGGAUGAGGUGUUGUGGAAAUUUGGCUAUGGGGUUUGAGGUUCAAGAAAUUUUAUCAUUCCAAUUUGGAUUAUGUUUUAAUGAUUAAAUAAACAGUAAUAAUGAUUGUGUUACUGAAACUUUCAUGGGACAAGUUCACUGCAGUGCUGUAUUAUUGGAGAAAGACUUGGAUCAGUGCAAUACGAAGCCACUCUCAUCUGCUUUGUCAUUUCUAAAAAAAAAUUUUUUUUUAAAUUAAUAUAUUUAAUUAGUGUUGUGGAUAUAUUAUUUUAGUUUUCUUUGAGGGUUCAAGGGCCUGACCAAAUUGUCUUGUGGUUCAAGGGCCUGACCAAAUCACUUUGUGGGUUCAAGGGCCUGACCAUAUCACUUUAUGGGUUCAAGGGCCUUACCAAAUCAUAUUGUGGAUUCAAGACCCUGACCAAAUUGUCUUGUGGUUCAACGGCCUGACAAUUUCACUUUGCAUGGGUCAGCCUAACUUGAUUUUUGAUGACUACCUGAUCACUGGUGUGAUUUGGUUGGGAAGAAAUUUUUGUUUUACCAAAAGAGAUUUAUUUUUUUUAAGCUGUCAUUUAAUUAAAUUUUUUCCAUUCUUAUAACUGAAUGUUACCAUAUUUUAAAUGCACUGGUAUUUUAAAUGCCACUGAUUGAUUUCCUCCAUUUAAUUUUGUAACAAAAAUCUUUUGUGUAUCAUCCUAAUUCAUGUUUUUAAAUAAGUGACGCUCUGUGUGUGGUGUUGGAUGCAUUGGCAUGAAUGGCAGGACUUAGUAACUGAGGCUUAGGUUGUCAUGAUUGUAAGUUGCUAUAACAAAAAUAGUUAAUGAUCAUGUGACAUGCAUUGUUUACCCAAGAACCAUUAUUAAACAAGAGUGACCUCAACCAAACACAGCAAGAAAGUUCAUGUCAUUCUUGAACAACAUUCAUUUUGUUUUGUAACUUAGUGCAAGUGAUGUCAUCUCCUGGCUGAUGGAUGAAAGAGAUAAUAAAUGGAAUGAACAA